AUGCUGGACAUGGGAGAUAGGAAAGAGGUGAAAAUGAUCCCCAAGUCCUCGUUCAGCAUCAACAGCCUGGUGCCAGAGGCGGUCCAGAACGACAACCACCACGCGAGCCACGGCCACCACAACAGCCACCACCCCCAGCACCACCACCACCACCACCACCACCACCACCACCCGCCGCCGCCGCCCGCCCCGCAACCGCCGCCGCCGCCGCCACAGCAGCAACCGCCGCCGCCGCCGCCGCCCCCGGCACGGGGCGCCCCGGCCGCCGACGACGACAAGGGCCCCCAGCAGCUGCUGCUCCCGCCGCCGCCGCCGCCGCCCCCGGCCGCCGCCCUGGACGGGGCCAAAGCGGACGGGUUGGGCGGCAAGGGCGAGCCGGGCGGCGGGCCCGGGGAGCUGGCGCCCGUCGGGCCGGACGAGAAAGAGAAGGGCGCCGGCGCCGGGGGGGAGGAGAAGAAGGGGGCGGGCGAGGGCGGCAAGGACGGGGAGGGGGGCAAGGAGGGCGAGAAGAAGAACGGCAAGUACGAGAAGCCGCCGUUCAGCUACAACGCGCUCAUCAUGAUGGCCAUCCGGCAGAGCCCCGAGAAGCGGCUCACGCUCAAUGGCAUCUACGAGUUCAUCAUGAAGAACUUCCCCUACUACCGCGAGAACAAGCAGGGCUGGCAGAACUCCAUUCGCCACAACCUGUCCCUCAACAAGUGCUUCGUGAAGGUGCCGCGCCACUAUGACGACCCGGGCAAGGGCAACUACUGGAUGCUGGACCCCUCGAGCGACGACGUGUUCAUCGGCGGCACCACGGGCAAGCUGCGGCGCCGCUCCACCACGUCGCGGGCCAAGCUGGCCUUCAAGCGCGGGGCGCGCCUCACCUCCACCGGCCUCACCUUCAUGGACCGCGCCGGCUCCCUCUACUGGCCCAUGUCGCCCUUCCUAUCCCUGCACCACCCCCGCGCCAGCAGCACUUUGAGUUACAACGGCACCACGUCGGCCUACCCCAGCCACCCCAUGCCCUACAGCUCCGUGUUGACUCAGAACUCGCUGGGCAACAACCACUCCUUCUCCACAGCCAACGGCCUGAGCGUGGACCGUCUGGUCAACGGGGAGAUCCCGUACGCCACGCACCACCUCACGGCCGCCGCGCUCGCCGCCUCGGUGCCCUGCGGCCUGUCGGUGCCCUGCUCCGGGACCUACUCCCUCAACCCCUGCUCGGUCAACCUGCUCGCGGGCCAGACCAGUUACUUUUUCCCCCACGUCCCGCACCCGUCAAUGACUUCGCAGAGCAGCACGUCCAUGAGCGCCCGGGCCGCGUCCUCGUCCACGUCUCCGCAGGCCCCCUCGACCCUGCCCUGUGAGUCUUUAAGACCCUCUUUGCCAAGUUUCACGACGGGACUGUCCGGGGGACUGUCUGAUUAUUUCACACAUCAAAAUCAGGGGUCUUCUUCCAACCCUUUAAUACAUUAA